AUGCCCACCUUUAACAAUUCACUAUUCAGUCAGCGGCGUAAUCGUGUUUUUGAUGUGCAAAAACAUCAUUCAAAGCAUAAAAAAUUGGUUGAAUCAACUAAAGCCACGCCCAACAAUAAUCACACUAAGGAACGGAAACGCAAAGUGUCACGCCUCCGCCAGUUGGCCGUAUUUUCGGCAGUACGCUAUUGGUUUGCAGAAAAUCUCCGCAAUUACUGCAAUAGCACAUCGCUGCAUGGCUUCAAUUAUAUCACCCUCAAAGGUUCCACGGUGAAUGAGCGUCGCUUUUGGAUACCCACUGUUAUUGUAUCGAUUAUCAUCUCAAUUGUUUUGGUGACUGUUUCAUGGUUUUCGAAUCGAGAGGACCUUACUGUGACGGUGAUUGAGAGUGCGCAUUACCCCACUUGGAAUAUACCAUUUCCGGCAGUAACCAUUUGCAGUUUAAAUAAGAUAUCGAAAACAAGUGCAAUGAAUUUGGCUAAAACCUUUAAACGCCCCUCAAAUGUAUCUGAAGAGAAACUUUUAAGCCUUUUUCGCAUAACAAUGCCCUUCAGCUUCGUCGUAGAUUUCACAAUUGAAGAUUACCGCACUCUCGAAGAAGUUCUCACUGCUAACAAUAUAACUCUGUCUAAAUUAACUCUACAACUCACACCCGAUUGUAGGGAAAUGAUAACGAAAUGUAUGUGGCAGGGUAGUGGCACACGUUGCGAUCUUUUCUUUCAGCCAAUUCAGGCUAUGGAGAGUGCCUGCUGCUCAUUUAACUAUUACGCACGUCCAACUACUAAUUUUCGAAGAAAAAUCGCAUAUCAAAUUCCGAAAGACCCCUAUCGCGUUAGCGGCUGUGGUUAUUCCACCGGACUCACACUUGAACUCAAUCCCAUGGUGAAUGAUUAUUUCGGCACUUAUCUAAGCAGUUACGGCUUUCGUUUGUUACUUCAUAGACCGUACAGUUUACCGGAUGAAAAUUCCAGUAAAAAAGUAGUUAGUUCGGGGCAUGAAACUUUCGUGCGCAUAAGUCCCGAAUCGACAUAUGCGUCGAAUGACGUUAAGAAAGUGAAUAGUAAAUUGCGCAACUGUUUAUUGCCCCACGAAAGAAAAUUGUUGUUGAUGAAACGUUAUACAUUUAUCAAUUGCAUGGCCGAGUGUCGUCUAAGCAUUCUCUAUAAUCGUUGUGGUUGCAUACCUAUGGGUUUACCGAAUAAUGGCAGCUUUCGGAUUUGUGUCUUGAGUCAAAUGCACUGCAUUAUGAAGACGAGAGAUAUUUUCACAUUGGCUAUACCAACAAUCAAUCGAACACUAAUGAAGUUGCAGAAAACUCACGAAUUUCCAUGUGGCUGCUUACCGGACUGCGAAUUUGCUUCGUACCCAUCAGAAUUAACUAGAGGACGAUUAGAUUCGAGAUAUGUUUCUACAAAGCGCUAUGGAAACGAAUUGGUCAAUGCUAAUGAACAGACAAUCUUACACGUCUUCUUCAGCGAUUUGAUGUCUAAACGCUAUCGCAAGGAUGUAUAUCAAGAUUGGUUGUCGUCACUUGGCUCUUUUGGCGGUCUUUUAGGAUUGAUAAUGGGUUUUAGCAUAGUGGCUGCUUUCGAAUUUAUUUACUUUCUUACUUUUAGACCACUUUUGAAUUUAUUAAAUUGA